AUGUCAGAUAUAUCCGAUUUCUCGGAAAGUGAAGAAUUUGAUGGAAAAGAAAGAAGAAGAAAAUUUUUUAGUAGAAAAUCAAAAAAUUCAACCACUUCAAAAAAAAAUCUUACAGAAAAAACAAACUCUUUAAGCAAAAAUAAUAGCUUAAACAAUGUUGAACAACAUGAUGAAAAUGGGAAUUUAUCAAAUCAAACAUCUGAUACAUUUAAAUCUUUAAAAUCUACUACAAAAAAAAAGAGUCCCCAAGAUGAUAAUACGAUAAAUCCUCAGGAUUCAAAAACAAUAAGGCAUAUUUUUAAUUCUUCGAAAUUAAAAGUCGAUGGGAAACACAACACAACACCAAAUGGAAGAGUAGCAGACUGUGUUAUAUCUCCACCAGAGUUUUUUUUAUCUCAUAUUUAUCAUGAUAAUAAAGUUUUUACUAAAAAAUAUGGACAUUCUAUAGUAGAAUAUGACAAUAAAUUUUUUAUUUAUGGUGGAAUUAAUUCACUAAAUGAAUAUUUAAAUGAAUUCUUAACGUUUACUUAUGGUAGUAAUGUGUUUACUUCUAAAAAGUUAAAUAUAAAUCCAGGAAAAAGGGCUUACGCAUCGAUGACAUUAGCAUAUAGUGUUAAGAAUAGCCCAUGCUUAUUAUUAUUUGGAGGAUUAUGUGGGCCUAAUAUAUUAGCAAAAGACUGCUAUAUGUAUGAUUUUAUGGAAGACAGAUGGUCUAUGUAUUCUUUUAAAUUAGAUAUAGUUCCAGAAACAAGAUAUGGACAUGCUUAUACAUUUUGUCCAGAUACAUAUACAACAGUUAUUUGGGGAGGAAUAAAUAAAAAUAAUGAAUUAUUAAACAGUGGGCAUAAAUUUAUAAGGGGAGAAUGGUCCGAAAUUAAGUACAAAGGUAACUGUCCUUCUGGUAGAGUUUUUUCUUCUAUGGUUUGGCUAGAUAGAACUACAAAAGAUAAUGUAAAUUAUAGUUUUCUGUAUUUAUUUGGUGGAGAUUUAUCGAAUAGAGGAAGUCCAACUAAUGAAUUGUGGAUUUAUAAUUUGAAAAAAGAAAAUUGGAUAUUAGUAAAUAAUUCUGCCGGAGAAGCUCCUUGUCCAAGAUGGAAACAUGGUGCUGUAAUUUUUGAUAAAAAAAUGUGGAUAUCUGGCGGUCUUUUUUCUGGAUGGUUUUCUAAUUAUACUGUCCCUGAUCUAUAUGUUUAUGAUAUACCAUCUAAUUGCUGGUUUAACUGCCAAAUAUCAUCUAAAGAAAUUAAUUGCUGCUAUGAUUAUGGCACUUUAAAUUUACACUCGCAAACGAAAGCUUUUUUUCUAUUUGGUGGAAAGAAUUCUAACAACGAACCUACCUCUUAUGUGUGCAGAUUUGCACCAUUGUGCACAAUUGUCUCAAUUAUGACUAUGAGAAAUGAAAUAAAUAGAUUAUCAAAUUAUCUACUUGACGUAAAGAGCGAAUCAGAAGAUACUGCAAAUAAUGUAUCAGAAAUACAAAAAAUUAUUCAUUCUUUUAGUUUAGAUAUAAAAGAUUUUAAAAUUAUAUUUGAAGCUUUAACAAACAGCAUACAUAUAAUUAGAGAUAAUAUAGAAAAUAUCAACAAAGAACUAACUCUUUUAAAAAAACAGAAUACAGAUCAUGAAAACGCAGAAAAUUUAAUUCAAAUUAACAUUGAGAGUUUAACUAAACGUAUAGAUACCUUAAAUGAAUUUAGAAAUCAAGUAAUUAAUUCAGAAAAAUAA